GUGGAGAGAGAGGAAGAAAAAGCUGAUAGCGAGAGAAGACAUUUUAUCCGUUAGGACCGAGAGACGAUGGCAUCUUGCGUGACUCACCCUCUAUCUUUCUUUCCAGCGACAAUUCUCCACCAUCGAAUUCGUGGCUACAAACGAUGGUGGCCCACCUCUGACCUCCCUCAUCCUCCCAAAUCUUCCGUUAUCCACUUCCCUUCUUUCUCUAACUGAUAUAGAAGCAAAGGCACGAUGGCAGUGGUGGCAUGUCCAUGUCGCCUUUGCUUAUCAUCAUCUCAUCACCAUCACAUGAACCCGUUCGCCGUCCCUCUCGGCCAUGCCCUGGCCCCUCUCCAUCUCUCCCCCUUCCCCAGGGAGACUACCAAUCUCUUCGGUGCUCCCGCGCACCACCGGAAGGAGAGUGCCGCUGCCGCACUCAGGUUCGUUGCCGCCGCCGCCGCGACCCGGCUGUCCACCUUCUUCUCCUCCAAGAUUGGCCUCGACACCCAGACCUUUCAUACACAGGAUUUAUCUCAGUUGCCUUGGGUUGGUCCCAUUCCUGGGGACCUCGCUGAAGUGGAGGCCUAUUGUAGAAUUUUUAGAGCUGCAGAACAACUUCAUGUGGCUGUAAUGGAGACAUUAUGCAAUCCACUGACCGGAGAAUGUACCAUUUCUUAUGAAAUUCCAUCUGAGGAUAUGCUCGUGUUGGAGGAGAAAGUGGUAGCUGUGCUUGGCUGCAUGGUCGCUCUACUUAACAGAGAAAGGGAGGAUGUUCUUGCUGGUAGAUCUUCUCUAAUGAAUUCAUUCCAGAUCUCAGAUGUGAAUAUUCUUGAUGGUAAGCUUCCGCCACUUGCCAUUUUCAGGGGAGAGAUGAAAAGGUGCUGUGAGAGUUUGUUUGUUGCACUUGAGAAAUAUUUGACACCCUUCGAUGACCGAAGCACUAAUAUAUGGAGAAAAUUGCAGAGGCUAAGGAAUGUUUGCUAUGACGCUGGCUUCCCAUGUGGACCAGAUGACCCCUGUCAAAUGGUAUUUGCAAACUGGACUUCUGUAUGUUUAACGCCAACGAAAGAAGACAUAGGAUCCAAUGAUUGUGAAAUAGCUUUUUGGACUGGCGGGCAGGUGACGGAUGAAGGUUUGAAGUGGCUAAUGGAGAAGGGGUAUAAAACAAUUGUAGAUCUUAGAGCAGAGGCUGUCAAGGAUGAAUACUAUCAAGCGGCUGUUGAACGUGCUGUUGCAUGUGGAGAAAUUGACUUGGUGAAAUUGCCAGUUGAAGUUGGAACUGCACCUUCAAUGGAGCAGGUUGAGGCGUUUGCAGCAAUGGUAUCGGAUAUCAGUAAAAGACCACUUUAUCUCCAUAGCCAGGAAGGAGUUCGCAGAACCUCUGCAAUGGUCUCAAGAUGGAGGCAGUAUUCGGCACGCUAUUUAUCUGUCAUUCCAACUCAACCAGGCAAUCUCAAUGAAGUGCCAUCUAAAAAUAUGAAGGAAAAUGGGAAUGGAAAUUUAGGUGCCCAAAACCUCAUCCCUCAGGAAGGUUCACUUUUAAAGGAUGCUAAUGGUUCGCUGCCAAAGGAGUUGGAUAGUGUGCAUAGUUCCAGCAGAGUAUUUCACAAGCAAGGCUAUCAAAUACUUGAGAAAGAGCAUCAUAGUGGAAAUGGGGCCCCUGACGCUGUUGCUUGUCAAUAUAGCGGAUCAAUACAUGGAGCUGAUGGGGUUGAGGUAGGAGCUCUUAUGAACUUUUCUAGGGAGAUCGACCCACUCAAGUCUCAGGUUCCUACCUGUGAUGUUUUCUCCAAAAGAGAAAUGUCUGGUUUCUUCAGAAAUAGAAAGAUCUCGCCCGUCACAUUUUUCAAUUGUCAACGAAAAAGAUAUGAGUCAUUGCUUGUUCCAAGAGAGAGACGGGCAAUACUAGUUCAGGACAGACAAAUCAUUGUCGAUGCCCGUGCAUCAGGGGAAGUGCAAUCAAGAAGUUCAAAUGGGGCAGUUGGUGAGAAGGGCUUAUUUUCCAGGCCACACAAUUCCAGUUCUACCAAUGGGAAAUAUCUCACUGAUGAUACUCCUGCUUCUGUUGGUUUAGCUGUAAAUGGUUUUGGUGAAGGGGAAAGCUCCAUGGACAGAAAACCCAAGAUCUCUACCCAUGGGGGCGAUAAUUUGACAAAGAAGAUUGUAUCUACCAGUGUGGAAGUAGACAAAAAGAACACAGCUAAAGUCUCUUUACCUUCAGUUGAUGUUGGUUUGGAGAUUGACGGUGGGGACAUGUGUACUUCUGCAACAGGUGUUGUAAGAGUGCAGUCCAGGAAAAAAGCAGAGAUGUUCUUAGUUCGCACAGAUGGGUUUUCUUGUACCCGGGAGAAGGUGACGGAAUCCUCCUUGGCUUUCACCCAUCCUAGCACCCAGCAGCAGAUGCUUAUGUGGAAAUCAACACCAAAGACCGUAUUAUUGUUGAAGAAGUUGGGACAAGAGCUCAUGGAACAAGCUAAAGAGGUUGCUUCUUUCUUGUAUUAUCAAGAGAAAAUGAAUGUUCUUGUAGAACCUGAUGUGCAUGAUAUAUUUGCGAGAAUCCCCGGAUUUGGUUUCGUCCAAACCUUUUAUAAUCAAGAUACCAGUGACCUUCAUGAGAGAGUGGAUUUUGUGGCAUGUUUGGGAGGAGACGGAGUCAUACUGCAUGCAUCAAAUUUAUUCAGGGGUGCAGUUCCUCCGGUGGUCUCGUUUAAUCUUGGGUCUCUUGGAUUUCUGACUUCACAUACUUUUGAAGAAUUUAGGAAGGAUUUAGGGGCAGUCAUACAUGGAAACAAUACAGUGGAUGGAGUAUACAUAACUCUGAGAAUGCGCCUCCGGUGUGAAAUCUUCCGAAAUGGGAAAGCAGUACCUGGGAAAGUAUUUGAUGUCUUGAAUGAGGUUGUCGUGGAUCGUGGUUCUAACCCUUACCUGUCAAAAAUUGAAUGUUAUGAACACAACCGCCUUAUAACCAAAGUGCAAGGUGAUGGGGUAAUAGUAGCCACGCCUACAGGGAGCACGGCUUACUCUACGGCCGCUGGAGGUUCCAUGGUUCAUCCAAAUGUUCCAUGCAUGCUGUUUACUCCAAUCUGUCCACACUCCCUUUCAUUUAGGCCUGUGAUACUUCCAGAUUCUGCACAACUUGAAUUAAAGAUACCAGAGGAUACACGAAGUAAUGCAUGGGUGUCAUUCGAUGGGAAGAGAAGGCAGCAGCUCUCAAGAGGAGACUCAAUUCGGAUAUCCAUGAGUCAGCAUCCUCUGCCCACGGUCAACAAACGCGAUCAAACAGGUGAUUGGUUCCGUAGCUUAAUACGCUGCCUGAACUGGAACGAGCGGCUAGAUCAGAAGGCCCUGUAAUUAAUAGAAGAAACACUGGUAACCCAGACAUUGUAAAUGCUUGUACAGAAGAAAAAGGAAGUACAUAUAUACAAGGUUAAAGAGAGAUUAUAUUCAUUCCCCUUCACAUUGGAUCCCUAGAAGGGUUGCCCCAAAUCUUCAUAAAAUCCCAAAUGUAUUUCAUAUACUGCCUUUAUAUUCAAUACGCAAAACGGCUGCAUAUCUUGCA